AUGAUCGUACUGGGUCUUGGUCUUCUUUGUUUGCUCUUUGGCCUUCACCCUUCAGAGGCUCAGUUUCCUCGGGUGUGCUGCACAGUGGAGGGGAUCUUGUCCAAGCAGUGCUGCCCUGCUCUGGGCUCAGACCCUGCCAAUGUGUGUGGCUCUCUGUCGGGGAGAGGAAGCUGCUCUGCUGUUCGAGUCGACACCAAACCCUGGGGAGGACCGUACAGACUAAGGAAUGUUGAUGACAGAGAGAGGUGGCCGACCAAAUUCUUCAAUCGGACGUGCAGAUGUACUGGUAACUUUGCAGGUUAUGACUGUGGCCAGUGCAAGUUUGGCUGGACAGGGCCAAACUGUGACCAGAGGAAAGCUCCUGUGGCGCGGAAGAAUAUCCACUCCUUGACCCCUGAAGAGCUCCAAGAGUUCCUGGACACGCUGGAACUGGCUAAGAACACCAUUCACCCAGACUACGUCAUCGCCACCCAGCACUGGCUCGGACUCUUGGGUCCAAAUGGAACCGAUCCACAGAUUGCCAGUGUCUCCAUUUAUGACUUCUUUGUCUGGCAGCAUUACUACUCAGUCAGAGACACUCUUCUUGGUCCAGGUCGCCCUUUCAAAGCCAUUGAUUUCUCACACAAAGGGCCAGCAUUCAUUACGUGGCACAGGCAUCACCUCCUGAGUUUUGAAAGGGAGCUCCAGAGACUGACUGGCAAUGAGAACUUUGCAAUCCCUUACUGGAACUUUGCCACAGGGCAGAGUGAGUGUGAUGUGUGUACCGACUCUCUGCUGGGAGGCAGAAACCCAGACAACCCCUUCCUCAUCAGUAACCAGUCCAGGUUCUCCAGAUGGGGGGUGGUGUGUAACAGUCUCGAUGACUACAAUCGUCUGGUGACUCUUUGUAAUGGCACCAGUGAGGGUCUGAUUCAGAGAGGGAUGAUGGAGAGAGCCAACAAGCCUCUGCCUACCAUGUCUGACGUCCGAAGCUGUCUUGGAAUCCGGGACUUUGACAGCCCUCCCUAUUUCACCAACUCCUCCUUUAGCUUUAGAAAUGCUCUCGAAGGGUAUGAAAAACCAGAUGGACAACUGGAUGAAACCGUUGAUAACCUUCACAAUCUUGUCCACUCACUGCUCAAUGGAACCAGCUCACUGGCUCACUCUGCUGCCAACGACCCCAUCUUUGUGGUGCUCCAUGCUUUCACUGAUGCCAUUUUUAAUGAAUGGAUGAAAAGGUUUGUCCCAUCCAACGCCACAUUCCCAGAUGAGAUGGCCCCCAUUGGUCACAACAGAGAGUACAACAUGGUUCCCUUCUUCCCUCCUGUCACUAAUGAGGAAGUUUAUGUCCCAUCUGAGCAGCUGGGAUAUUCUUACGCCAUUUCCCUGGAUGAUGCAGAUGGAAGGCCGGCUGUUUUUGUGCUGGGCUCCACUCUGGGAGGGAUCUUCAUCGGUCUCCUGGUGCUUCUUCUCAUCUUCGUGCUCUACCUGCGUCAGCGGAGAAACAGAGGCUUUGAACCUCUGAUAAAAGCGGAUUUCACAAAUAGAAAGUACACAGAGGAAGCCUAGAUUUCACCUGUUGUUCUGAAAUGCACUUGAGUGCUCAAACAUACCUCAGAGUAAUGGGGCGCCCAGUCUGUGUUCACGACUGUGAAGAAGAGCAGAAUAAUAAUCCUGUUUCUGAACGCCAUGUUGUGUUUUAGCUGUUAAACCCAAUUUCAUGUUAGCAGAUGAUUCACGUGAUUGUUCUGUUAAUUAAGUUUUUAAAUCAGUCAGUAACUGAAUGUUAUGUAUACUUUAACCAGGAUGAAGAUCUUUUUAGCAAGCUUACAAAAACAUGACCCUGAUUUCCCAUCACAAUCAUCACCAUUAUAUAUCAUUUACAAAUUUAUGACGACUGCAGAUCUGUUGCAAUUUUUUUUCUUUUUAAAUAAGAAUUUAUUCUCAAGAACAGCAAUAAAACACAAACACUAUCAUCUUAAUUGCACUGGAAAACAGUAAGGCAUAUUUGCUCAACUAGUUACUCACCCCUCAGUUUGAAAUUAUUUUCAAACUCCAAAUAAACUUUUCCUCAUUAGUUUUGAAUUCAUACAGAAAUGCAUUAAAUGUAAAAAAAAGAAAAAAAAAGUAAAGAAAGAAAAAGAAUGACUUACAGCAUUUUUACUCAUUGUAUUUGAGACAUAAUUUGUCUGACCAGAUGUCCAUUUUCAAUAUUUUAUUGCAAAAAUAUUAAAAGUUCAAUGAUACAAAACAAUAGAAAGGGCAUCUUAUGAGAUCAAUGCUUAUAAUAAUGGAUCAUUUUAAAUGACGUAAAUUUCCUCUAUAUUUUCUUCUUGAAAUAAAUGUGGCUAAAAUGAAAUAAAGAAAAGCUCAACAAAUAUUCAGUGAUAUGCUGCAAAGGACAUAAUACAGGCUAAUUCUGUGGUAAUGUAAGCUUAGCUGGCCUGUUGGUUAUGAACCUGUCGGGCUCUUGGAGAACAGUGGACGUACAUACAGGCUGGUUUUGCCCCCCCCCCCCUCUCAGCACGGCCAGGCCUCUCACAUUCUCCGUAAGUCCGCUCUAGUGAGGAGCUUCACUGAAGCAUUCAGCCCUGUCCAGCCUCCACAGAUUCUCAUUUCACAGGUGACUGUGGUCGGCUUCAAGCCUGUCUGUGCUGCGGACACAACCAUUCAAGCUUUCCAGAUAAAUUUAGGGACCCUUUCUUUACAUUUCCAGUAACCACUAUGUGCUGUUGCUGCUUCUUCCCUUAAUAAUCCUCUCACUCUUUACAACUACUCCGAUAUUUAUCACUUUUUGUCUUUUUUGUUUUUGAAUUUGUAAUUUCCGCUUGACUUUUAAUACUGUCAUACAGUACUUCAGCUUUGCUACAACAGUAUUCAUUUAUACACAGAAUAAGCUUUGGUUACUCAACCUUAUGAAAAAAAAAAAAAAGGAACAAGGAUAAAAUUGAACUUUUUUUUUGUUCAGUAUUUAUGAACCAUCUCAAAAUACUUUGUAAAUACUUUGUAUUUGUAGUGUUCUAAAGAUGCAAAAGGCCCCAGUUACUGUAAAUUAACACAGAGGUUACAGCAGCACAAGACUUGAUAGUAAUUCUCUUCUAGUGCAAAGUAGUAAAUGUCCAUUUACACAGAUAAAGGACAUGAUCCUGCUUUUCAAUGACUUUACACGACCUUCUCUAUAUUGCGAGUAGAACACGUGUACGCAACAGUUAAGCAUCUGUUUUUCUGUAAGUAUUUGAUUUGCUUUAGGCACUAUUCCCGUACUGAGUGGUUUGCACUUUUACAUUGUAGUGGUUGGUUGAAAUACAUGUGUAACCCUUCACUCACACCACUUCUGAUUAAGACAAUAAUUAUAUUAUUAAUCAAUGAUCAUAUACCAUAUUAGCAAUGAUUAGUAUUCACAAUAUCUGACACGGCAUAAAUAUAUUUUAUACCAGGACAUGCACCCCACAAAGCUGCAGAAGCAGCAUCUCCUUGACAGCAUAAACCAAAUAUUAGCGAUACCUUCUCUGUAUGUG